AUGGGUUUUACAGUUGCAUCAGUAUUUUGGGGAGUUUUGACAGAACUCUGUUAAACGUGUGAAAUGUCCCUUGCAGGUUUCCGUACAGAAGCUGUGGUUUGUUGAUAUUUUUCUCUCAGCUGACUCUCCGCUGAACCUCUGAGCAGAGACAGCCAGGGUUUACUCCUCGAACUCCUCCACCCAGUGUCUCCUAACCGGUUCACAGUUGUGGAGACGAGCGGCGGUCCCUCAUGACCGUUAGUUUGAACGCGUUUCGUCGUGGAGACGGUGACCGUCGGCGGGAAGCUAACAGGCUAGCUGCGUUAGCCGACAUUUAAAGAAAACAUGGAGGGGAUUUUGUACAAGUGGACUAAUUACAUGACAGGCUGGCAGCCUCGCUGGUUCGUCCUGGAGAACGGAGUCAUUUCGUACUAUGACACGGAGGACGAUGUGGGCAAAGGCAGCAAAGGAUCCAUUAAGAUGUCUGUGUGUGACAUCAAAGUUCAUCCCACGGACUCGACACGCCUGGAGCUGAUCAUCCCUGGCGAGCAGCAUUUCUACGUGCGGGCCGUUAACGCCGCAGAGAGACAGAGGUGGUUGGUAGCAUUGGGAUCAUCUAAAGCUGGAACACUGGAAAGCCACAAACACAAAGGUCCAGACUGUCUGAAGACAAAGAUGUCAGAACUACGUCUGUACUGUGACCUCCUCGUCCAGCAGGUCCAGACCAUCCAAUCACAGCACUCUGAAGAGACAGAGACCACGCCCACUUCUGAGGCCUCGCUGCUCAGCGCCACCUGUGAGACGUUCAUCAGGACAUUGGAGGAGUGCAUGAGCCUGGCCAACCAGAGUCUGACUCCUGAUCUCCGACCUCCAGAAAAGAUGAAGAGGUCCAUCAGCCAUCCUGGAACCUACAGCUUUGACAGGUCGGGUGUGCUGAAGGAGUAUGUGAGUGGAGGUCAAAGGUCAGCUCAACGCCGGCACCGGACGUCCUCGGACAGUUCCGUUUACGACAGUGACCGUUUGCUGCCCAGUCUGAACGGAGAAUCCUCCUCCAUUCCUGAGGAGAGGGGGAGCCGUGAAAGCCCAAAGACCACCCCGACAGACACGGACACUGACCUGUCCAUCUGAUCGUUCAACGCUCACCAGAACCGGGCUGAAGGAUGAGCUGACUGACUGACCUGUUUUCAGGAGAGUUCCUGUCUUGGCUUCUCUAUGAAGUCACCAGAAACUAGCACUUUGAAGUCCAUCGUUUCUUUUUGAGUGUUUUUUUUUAGUCUAGAGACACACAAAGGUCAACUGGACUGUGAUACUUUAACCUGGAUCGACAGACCUGGACUGCAGCUGAUGGACCCGUCAGCUCCUUGCGAAUGUGUUAAACUGUGAAUUUGUGGUUUCUGCUGCUUUAAGGACCUGAGAAUGUAAAGACUGAAUCCCCGACUCAAACUUUCAUCCAGAUAAAGUUUUGCCCAUUGGCACUUUGACCCUGAACUCCAUCGUUCCUUUACACGUUAAAUCAGUUUCUCUGUUCUGCUCAUUAUUAAAAAUAAAUACCAAAACUCUGCCCCCUUUUGGCAGCUAAUGUUCCUGCAAAUUUUUACAAAAAUGUAUAAAAGAAAGAAGCCAUUCUGCUUUAUUGCACAACCCAAACUUUUAUCAAAACGUGCAGCUGAGAGGGUCAGUUACAGGUAGAUGUUGUACAGAAUCGGCAAUCAUUUAUCGCCCAACACUCCAAACACAAACCAGGUGGACUAAAUGAACUCGGUCUGGUUGCACAACACUGUAGGAAGAAGUCUGAAGUUUACUGCCUUGUGAAAUUUUGGGUGUUCUCUAAUUAAUUGGAGGUAAAUUCCAUCCAAACAUGCAGUUUUACCUGCCGUCUAUUUUACCACAGACAAGAGUGCCAGUAGUGUUUAUUUAAGGUGAAUCUAGGAGGAAAAUCACCAAACUUACUGAUUUAUAUAUAUUCACCUUAAACUUAGUUGGCAGAAUUAAAACAUCUUGCUCAAGUGAAUAAUUUCUUAGUCGUUAUACUGCAUCAGUAGCAAGUCAACACUGAUUUCAAAUCAGUUGAGAUCAAAAAAAUAAUCAGUGGGCCUUUGGAGCUGACAGGAUGUACGAUAUUAACUUUGAGAGGUGCUGGUAGCCUGUUUUGGUAUUUUAAACUUAAAUGUUAGUCGAUCUUUUAACAUAGAUCUGAUACUCUGACUUGAUUGUCUGAAUAAGCUCAGCUCAGUUUUCAAAAAUGCCUCGGUGAAACAAGCAAAUGGCAUUUCUCCUGAAGUAAGUUUUUCUUUUUUACUGUAGCUAAAGUAACAGGGGGUGACUUCAGUGUUUCUGCAGAAGGUUAAUUGUGUUUGUAUCACAUGAGGUUUUUAUUGUCUGAAUAAAUUAUAUUGACUUAA